AUGCAGGACCUGGUGGAACAUCUACCUAAACUUCCUGAAAUACAACAACAAAAGCUUACUAUUCCAGAAUUCGAUGAAAUAGAAGUCAAAGCAACUGACUCAGUAGAAACCAAGAAGUUCAUACGAAAGAUAAACUAUGAGUUUCUUGGAUUUCAUUGCAACCACAAAGACUGCGAUAUGGUAUAUUUCAUUGACAUAUAUAAAUCUGGGGAGUUUAAGACCUACGACAACUUUGUUUCGUUAGUUGCAAAAUGUGUAUGGCAGAUAAGAGAUAAAGAUAGAAGAGGUAAGGUAUGGAACGGACAAAUAAAACCAGCAACUUUUGAGUUAAAGAAAACCAUUUACGCCUUAGUCAUACUUGCAGGUAAGGUUUCAAUGUACAAUGCUAAAAUGAACCCACAAUGUUCUAAAUGUAAAGCAGCAAUGAAGAAAUAUAACUACUCCGUCAAAGAGAUAGAACGUAUGAGAAACGACUAUACUGACUUAAAGAAAGAAGCAGAGAAACCAGCAGAAGAUAAAAUGGACAUGUUGACAUUUCUGAACAAAAACUAUCCAACUGCUGACGAUUUCCUUCUAUCUGACGUCAAGAAGAAGUACAAAGAAACUUUCGGCAUUGUUAAAACUUUUGAUAUCCUUCGUGAAGAAAUAG